UUGGGGGUGAUCAGUGAAAUAGACCUGCUGGAGCGCGUGCUACAGGACUUUAAAUACAUUUUUCUUGGCAAGGACACUGUUGCUACCAGCAUAGCCUCCUGGCCCUGGUUCCAAUUUAUGGGCGAGGCCAUGGAAGGACGCCUCUUCAACAGCGCCCAAGUUUUGGCAGUAGCAUCUUUGGCUGGUGAGGCUCCAGGUUCUUCCUCACCAUUAACCAACGAGAGAGGACAGGGGGGUGACGGUGCUGACAUUUUGGAGUUCUUGAUCAAAACUGAGAUGGAGGACAGUGUGGGGACAGAGAACUUGGAGGACAAUGCAACUGUUAACACUGAUGCAACUCAGACUGAGGGCCCUACUACUAUGGGCUGGCGAAGAAUUUCAGAAUGCUCGUAUAAAAUGACAGAGCAGGAGACGGAGAGAAUGAUAAAGCUGCGUGCCGUGAAUGAGGCUCUCUUCACAGGCAGAAAACAUACUGCCAAGCCUGCCUGGAGAGCUAUUUUGAAUGAGUUGGGCCUUCAGGGAAAGCUGACUACUGACCAGCUUGCCAAAAAGUGGGAUAACCUCAAGAGGCGAUAUAAGGAGUUGAAAUGUCCAGCCCGCAGCAUGGAGAGCAACCCAAAUUCCUGGCCCUGGUUCUACCGCAUGAAUGAUGCCAUGGAGGGACGAUUCGCCGGCUGCGCCCCCAUCCUGACGCCAGUAGUAGAGGAGGGUGAUGAGGAGUUUGAGCCCUCUCCACUACCAAGGAAGAGGGCUCGUCGGAUGCCAGGGAAGGGGGGGAUGUCUGAGUUCUUGACAGAGUCUGAGAUGGAUGAGCUGGUGGAAACGGAGGAGAGGAAUGGAGCAGCCGUCUUCCAAGGGGCCACCAUAGGGGAGUAUCACACGGCCACAGAAUUCUCAUAUAAGCUGACUGAGGAGGACACCAAGAGAUUGAUAGAGCUGCGUGCUUCCAAUGAGGCUCUUUUCACAGGGAAGAGAAAUACAGCCAAGCCUGCCUGGAGGGCUAUAGUAAAAGAGAUGGGCCUCGCAGGAAAGUUGUCUGCUGACCAGGUUGCCAAAAAGUGGGACAACCUGAAGACAAAAUUCAAGGACUUGAAGUAUCCGCCGCGUGGCAUGGAGAACCAGAGCACCCCUGCCUCCUGGCCUUGGUUCCAACUCAUGAAUGAUGCCUUCGAGGGCCGACUGGCCGCGAGAGCCCCCAAAAUAACUCCCAUAUGGAUGAACGAGGAAGACUACUUGUUUGUAUCCUCACCGAUGCCUACAGAGAGAGACCCGUGUCCCAUGCCAGAAAGGAGUGAGAUUUCUGAUCUGGAAGAGGGAAUGAGACCAGAGGGGACAGAGGUGGAUGGAACGGUUACGUUCUUAGACGCCAGUGGAGAAGAGUGCCCCACACCUGUGGAAUUCUCCUAUAAAAUGACAGAGCAGGAUACGAGGAGGCUGAUUAAGUUGCGUGCGGCCAAUGAGGUUCUCUUCACUGGGAGGCGAAAUGCUGCCAAGGCUGCAUGGAAGGCCAUUUUAAAAGAGUUGGUUCUCCUGGGAAAGGUGUCAACUUACCAGGUGGCCAAGAAGUGGGACAACUUAAAAAGAAGAUAUAAGGACCUGAAGUACCCUCCUGUGGGCAUGGAGAGCAUAGCAGACAACGCUGCUUCCUGGCCAUGGUUCUACCUCAUGAAUGAGGCCAUGGAGGGCCGCCUCGCCGCCAGCGGACCUGUCUUGACCCCUAUAACGGAGGGUGAUGACCCCGAGCCUUCCCCUUCACAGUCGUCUCGAAAUAGAGGAUGCCCGUUGCUGGAAAAGGGUGACAUCACACUGGAGUACCAACAAGAGAUUUAUGUGCACCCCACCAUCGAGGAGUGCCACCGGGCCACAGCGGAGUGUGAGAGUGCACUGAGAGAGGAGAGGUUGGGUAGGGGGCCAGCAGGGGGCACUGCUGCUCAGAAGUCAGUGACACUGGAGAGAGGGUGGGAGAUGGUGGAGAGGGAGAGGGCAGCGAUAGAGGGGGAUAGAGCGGCGGUAGACAGAGAGCGGCAGUGGCUGGAGAGCGAGAGAGCCAACUUGGCAAGAGACAGGAUGCUGUUGGAACAGGACAUGGCGGCACUUGGUAGAGAGAGAGAGGCCUUUGAGAGCCAGAGGGCAGCAGUGAUGAUGCACAGUGCUACAGGGGUGCACACUGGACACGUCAACCACUGUGGGAUGGGGAUGUAGACCUAUGGUAUUAACUGCCUUGGAAGCCAAGGACUGUUCAAGAGCCUUCAAGUUAAUUAGAGGAGUCUUUUCAGCAUGUUUUCACCUUAUUGGCUUGAGAUUAAUAAAUGUUUUACACUCACAAGAGAACACGCUGUCUUUGAUUUGUGAUUGAUACAUUCAAAACAUCUAAACGUAAUGGUUUAUUAAACUAACCAGUGACAGAGACUUCAAUCUGUAACAUUGUGGACUUGUUUUAAAUGGCAUUUGAGAAUUUCUCUUUCUUUUCACAGAACAGGCUAAUGAUGUCAUGUAACCCUUAAAGUGUUUGUGGUGUGACUCAUUAUCUCAAUGGCCUCAUCCUGUCUUUUCAGUCUCGGUUGCAAUUAUAUUGUAAUAUAAGACAAAAUUAGCACUAUAAGUGAGAGAACUGAAUUUGUUAUGGAAGUGUUAACUUUUUAUGUACUGACUACUUUUCUCUAAUGUGAAAGCUGUUUCCAUUUUCAAACAAUGAAUAUGCUAUAAAUUACUGCCAAAAAAGUAUGGAAGUGAAAUAUUGUUUGAGAAAUCAAAUCACAGUAUGACCAAAGCUCAAGUGAGAAAUGUGGUAAUAUAUUUUUUGAGGAAAUAGUACCCGCUCAACAAUUGUGUAUAGCCUACAAUAAAAAGGCUCAUACUCUGCUCAUGA